AUGGCCACCGAGCGUGAAAGCAAGACCUUCCUGGCCCGUCUCUGCGAGCAGGCCGAGCGCUACGAUGAGAUGGUCACCUACAUGAAGGAGGUCGCUCAGCUGGGCGGUGAGCUCACCGUUGACGAGCGCAACCUCCUCAGCGUUGCCUACAAGAACGUUGUCGGCACUCGCCGUGCCUCGUGGCGCAUCAUCUCCUCCAUCGAGCAGAAGGAGGAGUCCAAGGGCUCUGACAAGCACGUCUCCACCAUCAAGGAGUACCGCAGCAAGAUCGAGCUCGAGCUCGAGAAGGUCUGCGAGGAUGUUCUCGAUGUCCUGGACAAGAGCCUCAUCCCCAACGCCGCCACUGGCGAGUCCAAGGUUUUCUACCACAAGAUGAAGGGUGACUACCACCGUUACCUCGCCGAGUUCGCCUCUGGCGAGAAGCGCAAGGGCGCUGCUACCGCUGCCCACGAGGCCUACAAGAACGCUACCGACGUUGCUCAGACCGAGUUGACACCCACUCACCCCAUCCGCCUGGGUCUUGCCCUCAACUUCUCCGUGUUCUACUACGAGAUCCUCAACUCUCCCGACCGUGCUUGCCACCUUGCCAAGCAGGCCUUCGAUGAUGCCAUCGCCGAGCUCGACUCCCUCUCCGAGGAGUCCUACCGCGAUAGCACUCUGAUCAUGCAGCUCCUGCGUGACAACCUGACCCUGUGGACUUCGUCUGACAGCGGUGAUGCCGAAGCCGGUGAGGCCAAGAAGGAGGAGGGAGAGGCUGCCAAGCCUGCUGAGGAAGAACCCAAGCCCGCUGAGGAGCCCGCGCCCGAGGCUGCUUCUUAA